UCCCUCUCUCAAAGAAAAAGCAGCGCCCUUCUCUGAAGGAAAAUCCCGCUCCCAAACAAAAGAAAUUCCCCUCCCCCUGUUCGUCCACCUCGAGCCACCGUUCCCCUCCCCUCCACGGAAAAACGAAGCUCCCCGUCGGAUAGUUGCUCUCCCGGCGGCCGGGUCUGCCCCCAAAUCGAAGUCCGGCUGACCGCUGCUUCAUCCUCUUGGAGAGGAUGGACGGCGACCUGACGGAGGGGCUCCUCCGCAAGAGCUCCGGCAAGCGCCCGGAGUCUCCCCCUCCGCUAUCGCCGUCUUCGCUGGACAUUUUCGAGGACCCUACCGACUCCCGCGACUCCAGCACCAGCGGGGCCGCGACGAACCGGGCGCCCCUCCGCGACGAGUGCAAGAACCACCAAGAAGUGGUGGCGUCAUCCUCUGAGGCCAGCGAAGGCGAGCAAGGGACGGUAUCUACCGGCGAGGAAGAGGAUAAGGAGGCGGCGGCACUCCUUGCUCGCUGGGAAGCGGUGGCGGCGGCAUCCGCUGCUCGCUUGGCGGCGGCGGCGGCGGCAUCUGCUGCUCGCCGGGAGGCGAGGAGGGGCUUCUUUUUCGGCGGGGGGAGCGCGGGAGGUGGCUCGAGCGGCAGGGCCGAGCACCUGAUCCGCAUCCCUCCGCCGGGAGCGGCGGGCCUGAUCCACCGCGCUGAACACCUGUCCAACUCCUGGAGGACGGACCCUAUCCUCGCCGGCCCUUCGACGGAUCUGACGGUCGCGCUGCGGGCGUUCGCCGCCGCACCAGAUGCGACAACAGCGGCCAGACUCGAGCGGGCGGCUGCGGCGUUGGACAGUGUUGCAUCAAGCAACACGGAGGAUGGUGCUGUCGCCAAGCAGCUGGCCAACGAAGCGGCGGCACUGGCGGCCGGCUGGCGGGGAGACGGCCCGACGGGGCAGGGGUCGAGCGCCUUCGAAACGGCGGCCGGUCAGCGGGGACCCGAGGCGCCAGCAGCUUCCCAUUCCACUGAAUUCUUGCUGUGCGCUGCUAUCUCGGGCUCACUGGCCCUUCUCCCCUAUUUGCCUACGCAAGUCCCCAAGAAGUCCAGGCGCGUCUUCGCCGUUCUAUUUGGCAUCGCGUUCUUCCUCGCGUCAGUAGGUGCGAUGCUCCUCGCCGCACCAGUCCCCAAGAAGACGGCCAACAUCAUGGCAAGAGUUUCUUUUGCAACAUUCACAGUUUUGGUUGUGGCCUUUGUUGGGUUUGCUCUAGGAGGAGGUACAUAUAGUUGAUAGGUAUGUAGUGUCUUAGAUACCGGUGUACUGUGAAUUUGAAGUAUGCCGACUUUUGAGAAAUGUCAUAUCAUGGAUUAUUGGUGUGCUGUGAAUUUGAUGGAGUGACAAGUUUUAGAAAUGUUGCAUCAUAAUUUUCCUGCAGUAGUAUCAAGUUGGAGGAGGCCUUUUAUUCUGCAUUACAUGUUCAGAAAAUUCUUACCUUCUUGAAGUUAACUUCAGUUAAGCAUGGGAGGUGUUUGCUCCUCUCCAUGUUUUGUUGGAAGAUUCUGGUGUAAAACUACUUUGAAACUGCAGAAAUGAUUUGGCUUUUAACAGAAUAACUACUAUUCAUUUUUUGCAGGUUGUAUUCCGUGCUAUGGCGUUGAUCCGUAUGUGGUCCCUACUCACUCCGACGGAGGCCAGGGAGCGUUUGGUUACUGGAUCUGUCCGGUGGGAGAUGGUAGCGCGGGAUAUAUUCAACCGGUUUGGAUGGCGGCCAUGUAAUAGGAUAGACAAUUAGUUUCCAUACCUAUUUUUCUGCCAGCCGGUUGUGGCUUUAUGGCCUUUUUUGUUUUGUUUUCGUGUCGAGGUCUAUGUGAGCUCGACGUAGUUUUCUUUUACGACUAUUCGACAUUGUUGAACCUAUUUUAUUUAUCUAAGUGGCCGUAUGCAUCCACCUAAUGCAGAGGCCGGGGAAUCCCCCCUUUUCCAAAAAAAAUGAAUGGAGCCGGGGCGUGAGAGUGUCCCCAAGCCAACAAAGAAUGAUGUUAAAAGGAUGUUUUAUUUGGAAUUUAACAAAUUGGUGAGUCAAACUCGUUCCUUUCAUUUGCUUUGUUGACCUACGGUU